ACAAUAUAAACAUACACACAAAUAUACCAAGUUACUUAAAUUAGAUAUCUGUAUUUGGUUUGAACCCGAAACCAAUCACUUUCUUGGAAAUACCCGUAGAUUUUCACCAACAUACAAUUUACCUUUUCACGUACAUACUUACCUAAUCUGCAGAUAUUUACAUUCAUGAAUAUUUAUCACAUGAUUUUGACACAAAAAUUAGUUAAAAGAAACCGGUAACGUGCUUACUGCAGUUCAUACAUGUAGCUGAGCUUAACACAAGAAAGUUUUGCGAAUUACAAUCUUUGUUCCAAUUAGCGAAAAACAAAAUGGCUUUAAAUCCUCGUGAAUCAGCUGAAUAUAUUGUUAAAAAUGUAAAACAUGUUAAAAUUCAUUACAAUAACAUUGAAAAACUUGCACAAACUGUUUAUAAAAAAAUUAAAGAAAAAAUUAUCAGCGUCGACAAUUUCAGUCAACAUGAAUUGCAUCCAUCUGAUAAAGAUAUUCAUGCUAUCGAUUGGAUUUUUCUAAUUGACACAUUAAAUUUUUGUUUUUGGACACCAGGGAAUGAUACAAAAUGGAAAGUCAACGGGCAAACUGGCUAUUUUGCUUUAUGCGCCGCUAUUAAUCGUGCCAUUAAAGAGGGUGUUGAUAUUACUAAUCCAAAAUUUUAUUCGAAAAUUAGUGAAGAAGAAUUGGAUAAGAUUUUACGAUCUGACGAUGGAAUUAUAAAAGUUCCACUUUUAGAGGCUCGUGUAAAUUGCUUACGGGAAGUUGGUCUUAAACUUAUUGAGAAAUACGAUGGUAAAUUUGAAAAUUGCAUAAAAUUGUGCAAUAAUUCAGCACAAAAAUUAUUAAAACUAAUUGUUGAUGAAUUUCCAUGCUUUCGUGAUGAGGCAAUUUACUGUGGAAAGCAAGUAUCAUUUUAUAAAAGAGCUCAAAUUUUAAUAGGCGACAUAUGGUCAUGUUUUCGAGGGAAAAAUUAUGGAGAAUUUAAUGAUAUUGAAACUAUUACAAUGUUUGCUGAUUAUCGUGUUCCUCAAGUUUUAGUGCAUUUCGGUACAUUAGAAUAUACUGAGGAAUUAUUAAAUUUUUUAAAAACUGAUAAACUAUUAAAUGCUGGCGAUGAAAGAGAACAAGAAAUUCGUGGAGCAUCAAUAUAUAUUGUUGAAGAGCUAAAGAAAAAUGUUUGGAAAUUAUUUGAGGAAAAUGGAGAAAAUAUUGAAAAAAAUAUUGUUAAUUCAAUUUUACUAGACCACUUUCUAUGGGAUUAUAGAAGAAAAAAUGCUAAAGAACUAGAGUUCAUACCAUUUCAUAAAGUUUUGGGCAUUUACUAUUAAGAAAAUAAAAUAAAAUGGUUAUUUAAAGUAAUGUACUUUUGUCUU